AUGUUACUUGUGACUAAUUCAUGUGCAGCUUUAUGUUUAUCGGCUGCAGCUCUACUUAGCAUAAGUAUAUUUACAUUAAUCAAUGAUUAUGAACAAAUUGAAUAUGAAGAUUCAUUGUGCAUUUUUCGGGCUCAUGUUCUCUUUAUUUCUUAUGCUGCUCUAAAUUAUUCUUAUCUACUUCAAUCUAGCUAUCGAUAUGCAAUAGUCGUCUAUCCAACAUAUUUAUUCUUUCAAUCAAUACGAACACAAAUAAUUUUAAUUUGUAUCAUAUGGAUAUGUGCUAUAACAUAUCCAUUUGCAUUUGAUUUCAAUGGUGAAAUUAUUUACAAUGUAAAUAAUCAGAUAUGUAUGUUACAAUUUCAUAUCUCAUUUUCACUAUUUUAUGCCAUUGCUUUUGCUUAUACAAUUCCAAUCUUAUUUAUUAUUUUACUUUAUUUUAAAUUAGUUCGAUAUGUAAAACAAAUGAACAAACGAGUUGUCAUAGUUAAUACUUUAUAUCGUGCACGACAACAAUUACAAAUGGUUCAGCGAGUUGUCAUUCUUGUGAUGAUUCUAUUUGUCAACGGUUUUCCCUAUGUUUUUUUCAUCAUUUUAACUUUGUUUGGUCGUGAACCAAAAUAUUAUCUUCGAAUCGCUUAUAUAUUCAUUAAUAUAUCAAUGGUAUUGGUUACGAUUGCACUCUAUCGAUUUACAGAUCCAUUGAAAGAAUCAAUUAAGAAAAAUCUUCGACGACGAACAAAUAUUGUCACAGCAGGAUUAACAUAA